CAACACCAGGAAGAAAACUAUAAAGGGAAGACUGCAUGUUUUCUUUUACACCGUGUGUGACUAAUGAUCGACUUGACCGAGGGUUGGCUCAGCAGGAACCGUGAGUCGUAACAAACCGGGAAGUUUACGCACAAAGCGAGAGUAGUUCCGUCUUGUUCAGGGAAGUUGACCUCCUCUGAGAUGGAUGUGAACACAUAUCUGACUCGCAUUGGGUUUUCCGGCCCAGCAGAGCCCACCCUGGACGUGCUGCGCUCCGUGCACCUCUGUCACCAGCUGACGGUCCCGUUUGAGAACCUCACGGCGCACAGCGGGGGGCGAGUCCAGCUCCAGCUCCCUCUUCUGUACGACAAGAUAGUGACUCAGCGGAGAGGAGGGUUCUGCUUUGAGAACAACGGACUGUUCUCCUGGCUUCUGGGCCAACUGGGCUUCAAGGUGACGAUGCUCUCAGGGCAGGUGAGGAGUCUGAAGACGGGGUACUACGGACCACCUUUGGACCAUUUGAUCCUUGUGGUGAGCUUGGAUGGGAAGCGCUGGCUCUGCGACGUCGGGUUCGGCACCCCCGGCUUCAGUACCCCCCUUUCACUGGAGACAAGUGACUCCCAGGAGCUGGGCCACAGAGUGUACCGGAUCAGAGAGGCCGAGGGGAUGCACUUCUUGGAGUGGCAGCGUGAGGAGAAUAGAGGACUGGAUGGAGAGUGGACCGAGAUCUACAAGUUCACGCUUGAACCUCGGUGUCUGGAGGACUUUGCAGAGAUGUGCGAGUACCACCAAGACUCUCCUUGCUCCAUCUUCUUCUGCAAGACCGUCUGCAUGGUUCUGAAGCCUGGAGGAAGGCUUACCUACAUCGGCCGCAGACUGAUCAGCGCCACUUUCCCAACUCAGUCUAAAGGGUUUGAAACCACAACCAGGGAACUUAGAGAUGAGGAGAUCCCAGAGGUUCUCUCAGAGGAGUUUGGAAUUGUGCUAAAAUCUCCUCUCGUACCCAAGGAUGAAGCCAUCACACCACCACCUGUUAUGUACUAGUGAUUCCAGGAUGUAUCGCCCUGACAUGUGCGAUAAUAUCGAAUCGUCUGCACCAAAGAUGCUUUUAUUUUGAAAAACACUCAUUUCCAUUCAAAUUUCUCUCACAGUGCUACUCCUCAGUGAUCCCCAUGGUGGCGCUAAUUACACUAAUCCUGCACUUUACCUUAAGGGCAUUAAUCCAUUUCUCAGAUAUGUUUCAUUAUAUGUUUGUCUUGCAGAA